AUGACGAAAAUAACAGAUGCAGCAACGAGACAGGCAGUUCAAAGUGCCUAUGACGCCGUUAGAGCAACUGUUGUGAAAAGUCAAGAAAAAGAGUUACAACAGACCAAAACAGACCUAGUAAAUGCUUUCUUAAAAACGAAAAGUCAGGUAGGACAUUACGCUGCAGAUGGAACAUAUGUGCCAGCUGGUGGAACUUAUAUACCACCAAACCCUCCAAGAGAAGCACCUGCACCAGGACUACCUAGAACAUUUACAUCGUCACAUGGACACAGACACAGGCAUGCACAACAACCAACACAACAACCAGCACAACAACCAACAGUUCAAAAUCCAGCACAACAGCCACCUCCACAACCAACAGUUCAAAACCCUGCACAACAACAACCACAAACAGAACAAGGACAUAAAAGAAGUAGAGAACAAGGAAACCAAGAAUUCUUAAAAAUGCUUAAAGAAGAGUGUGGUUUCCCAGAUACUGUUGACUUUAGUGACAGAUAUAAAGAAGCUAUUGGAAAGUUCAAGGAUGGAAAUACUGACCCGAACCUAUUUAGCUUUAUGGCUCAGCACCAAAACGGAUAUAAUCUCAAACCUGGAAAAUACAAGCUCGCUAAGGGAUAUGAUUUAAUAGCAUAUCAUCCAAAUGACAUGGAUGAAUUUACUCCGAGAUAUUUGAUGUCAGAGCUAAAUGACAAUUCAACUUUCGUCAUGAAACGCGUAAAAAAUAGAGACGGAACGAAAGAACAAAAGCUUAUGAAUGCGGAUGACGUAGAUAGGGAAAUUGUUGAAAACGGUCUCGGAAUAUAUGAAAUGCCAGCAGAUGAGGUACAAGAAACUCCACAGGAAGAAGUUCAGAUACAACCAGACAUGGAAGAAAUAGUUCAGCAACAACAGCUAGAAGAGCCUGAAGGAAACGAACAA